AUGCCGAUAGAAUUAGUUGACACAAUGGUAAAACAUUCGGAGUGUGUAGUUGAAAAAAACAUUAUUAAUUUAUUUUGUAUGAAUGCCUUCCAUAUCAAAUUGACCUUUUUUUCAAAUAAGACUUACAGAGUAGAUGUAACAUACUGUACGUUUUUAGUAUUAUGGUUUACCUGGAGUGACUGA